GCUCGAUAUUGCUCGAUAUUGUACGUCGUGCGUUGCGUAGCAGUGCAGCACUGUUACGUCAUCGCUGCGCGCGCAUCGCUGCGGACCAGCAGACCGCGUGCCAGUGCAAAAUGGCCGCCCACUACGACGCGAGCCGCAUCCCCCCAGCAGCGGAAGAAUUAAUAACGGAGGAGUCCGCCUGGCCGCCCCGAGAGCCGCUGCGCAUGGCCCCACCAGCCGCGGCAAGACGCACGAAGGAGGCUUUAGAUAGAAUCGACAAGUUUUGUUCAGAUUCAUUCGAGGACGCGCUCGCGAGCGACGCCGCAAGCGACGCCCAGAAGCGCCUCGAGUUUCUCAGAAGGAGGCCGAAACGAAAGCGGCGCUACACGCGCUUCGACCGGACGCUGGCCACGUCCGAAGCGGCCAAGAAGGCUGCACUGUUGUUAGACAACCUCGAGCAGUAUCAGCCCUGGGUGGACGAGAAUGAAGUGCGCCAGUACGACGAAUUGGCCGAAGCACACGGCUGGGACAAGUCGCGGUUCGGUGCUUACGGUGUCACGCCAGCAAGAACUAUUAGUAGAGUGCUCGACGCCUUGAGGGAGCGGGGCGCGCGACCUGUUGGAACGGAAGUUAUUGUCCUAGGGUCUUCGGUCGGAUGGGUCGCAUUUGGACUCUCGCUACUACUACCAAAGGCAUCCCAGACCAUAGGCCUGGAGAUCCUCGGGACGCGCGUUUACCAUGCGAACGUCGCGGCCUCGAUCCUAAACGGCGUGCGGGACGUGUGUUUUGUGCUGGGGGACGUGGUCGAACAAGCCGAAGACCAAUGUAGGGAUGCUGCCUUAAUAUGGGACUCGCUCGGGUAUGGUGCCGAGAACGGUGGUAGGACGGAGGGCCUGGCUGGGGCCACAUCCUCCGCAAAGCCGGGCUGCGUUCUGGUCACGUACGACGUUCUACCUAAAGAUUCGCGUUUAUCCGCCUGGAAGCAGCUAGACGUUGUAGUAUUGCCGAACUCGUGGACGGCGCGGCAGCGCUACUAUCUGUACGUGCUGCCGGGCGGCGACGGGCCGCCGUUAACUGUGAAAACUGAUGAGAGGGCGUUGAAGUACCAGGAGAUGCUCGCGAAGUUUAAGAACCGGGACAUGGUGCUCCAGAGGAUGACGUUCGACGGUAUUGAUCCUUCACUGUUAGACCCCCCUCGCCAGAACGCUCUAUCGCCGCUGGACGAGGACGCGUCGCUGCUCUCAUUACUAAACUCGCACGAGGGCUUCGCCCAUGCCGAUCGAGACACGCCGGACGGGUCCAAACCCGAGGAGGACAUCUCAGAUGUCUGCGCCGACUUCGCGAAGGUAUUGGGGACGGACUCGAUCCGCGGGUUCCUCUAGUUGUUUUCUGAGCGGCACGGCGACGCCGUCGACGCGAUACCUAACUAGUAGUCAAUGUG